AUGCGCGGUCCAGCAUUGUGGCUUAGGGAGCCAUCCGCAGAUGAAGCAGAAGAAUUCGCCACCAUACUGGCGCUGGCGAGAGAGAAAAGACGCAAGGAGCUGUGGGCCAGGCAAUGGAGUCCCACAAGCGAUGCAGAUGAAGCAGCCGACGCACGCACCACGAAAGAGAAAGAUGACAUACCCCAAUUAAUCCAAGCGUACGAAACACACAGAACGGAUGAUUUCCGCCGGGCAAACGAGGCAGACGAGCCACACUAUGUUCACCAAGUAAAUCAUGCAGAGGAGACAGAGGACUUGAAGGAGACGGAGCAGACGACGGCAUUGUUUCUACCACGUUAG